UUGCUGAAACCAGUUUAAGUCAGAUAACAAUAUACACAAUUAAAAAUCCGUACAAAAUUUCUUUUAUUAAAAUAUUUUUUUCUAUAUCUACAAGCCAAAUCAUUAGUUCUCCGAAAUGGGCAACUUUUUUAGUCAAUCACAAGAAAGUCAGGAGUCAGUAACUGCGUAUAGAAAUUUUUUGCGGCUCUAUUCAAGGCAACAUAGUGAAAUGAUGCGGAAGGAUGCGUUUUUAAAUGCAGCCCGUGUGUGGGGAACAUUUUCCCAGGCUCAAAGGAUGAGAUAUGCCCAGCUGAGCUGUCCUAUUUCCGAUAUGUUGAUGAUUGAGCACAAGCCGGCGGUUUCUAGGAAAGCCAAACCAGCCAAAAAGCGGCAACGGAAAGUUAUUAAAAAGAGUAAGCCUAAGGUCAAGCGAUCCCUAAAGUGCGAGGAAAUGGAUGCUUACCAGCCACAUCCAGACAUCAGUAUGCCCUCCAUUGGCGUCGUCAGUAUUCCAGCCAUCGCGGACAAGCCAAUGCCGAGGGUCAGGACCUUUAAGCCAAAAACGCUGGCAGUCCAGAAUAAAACAAAGGUCAAGCGAUCCCCUAAACCACGAAUCUGCGAUGAAAUUGCUGAUUUCCGGCCACAACCCGUCUUCGGUAUGAAUUCCAGCAGCGCCAUCAGCAUUCGCUCCACAGCCAUCAGUAUUCCCUCCAUCGCCGCCGAAAGAAGGUCGAGGAUCAAGGCAGUAAAGCAAAAUAUGCUUUCAACGAUUGCCUUUCGCAACUUCCUGGACUUGUACCUGGAGAUCGACAGAUAAGUCACCGAGAUCCGCGAUCCGGGAACAGGCUGCUCGCGACUGGAGCGCUAUGCCCCAGUGUCAUCGCGAGAUUUUCGACGAGGAUUCGAAGUGGGAUUUCCCCGCCACCGAGUAGCCUAUCUUAUCCCCCCCCUCAAUCAAUGCCCCACGCAUGGCCGCCUGUCACGAGAGAGUCCAAUUCGGAAUCAAGCUUAGCCAAGCGGUUACACAAUCGACUCAACUUCCGCGCCCCCAAACACAUGUAUUCUAGCACGCAAUCGCCGACACGAAAGUCCAGAGCAACAAAGUCAACAGAAACUGAAGCAGAAGUAGAGCCACAAUCAUUCACAUUUAAAUUAACAUUUCCCGCCGGCGAUUAUCCUAAUUGGGAGCUGGCCUUAGCCUAGUCGCUCGUCCUGGCCGGCAGAUGUGGAGCAUUCGGUACCAGGUCGGCCUUCGCCAUUCACUAUUCGCUCGGGUGACGGCACGCGAGUCUGCUGAAAAAUGGAUUUAAUGCGACGCAAAACAAGCGCGGCCUCAUAAAACUGAAACGCGGAUUAAUCAAAUUAGCAUUUUGUACAAAUAGCAAAGCAUUACUUCGCGUAUGGCGGCAAUUUGUAAUGCCAAAAGGCCGGAAGGAGUCUUGAAGAGUCCUGGAGCCUGAGAAGAGGACAUGCAAGCAGUUCGUUUCGGGGGCCAUGCCAAGAAGUGAUUGCAUAAUUACCCAGGAGGUUCAGCUAGGACCUCGCUGCAAGACCACACAAUCCCGAAAUAAGAAUUAAAACUAAUGACAGGCCAGACAUCCCGAUUCAAUUUGGCUCCUCCUGCCAGGAUUAGCACUCCAGGGCUCAAGUACCAGGUCAGCGUUUGGUUUUUGUGGCCCAUAUUCUUCACUCUGCUCUGCUCGUCGACCAAAUGUUCGUGUUUUACUAUGGCGACUUUAUUGCAACACAAUGGCAUUUUAAGUGCUAACAAUAAAAAUGAUUUAUUACCCCACAA